GUCUUUUGCCUACCAGCACUUCUGUGGCAUUCACAGCCACUGCACGCAUACAUGUAACGGUAUGUACGUGUAGAAGUCAUUAUUACCUGCCUUUGAUAUCUUAUCCCUUUGCAGCGAACCAAUGGACAUGUAGGCGUCUACAUGUAUUAUGCAUGGGGCUGAUACAUGUACACUGUGCAUGUUGUCUGACUAACUGUGCAUCAUGUACACCAGGACAGCAGGUGUAUCACAAUGUCAUUAAGUGAAAUGUCAAUCUGCAGCUAUUGUAUCGGUACUGUACACGAGGCACUAGCUUUCUGCAGCUGGCUACUACAUGUAUGUGCCUAUUGUUAGGUCUGCAUUGAGCUCCACGGUGUAGAGUCUGAUGAAUGGAUUUGUCUUCCUAAAGCAUGGAGGGUUUAGAAGCAAACCAGUAGUCCAUGGCACAGGGUGUAGCCAAAUAGCCAAGAGACAAAGUUAGCCUUGACACUGCUUAGCAUGGUGUAUAGGAACGUCCUAGGGAACAGGAAGUUAAUGGCCGAGGAUUCUGGAGAGCAGCUUUACAUGGAUUAUGUAGUUAUUCCAGAUGGGAUGGAGGAGGAGCAAGAGGGGGCACUGAUAGGUAUUGAUGACCAGGAUGAUUCCACCUUCACCAUCACCUGUGACCAGAAGACCUUCCAUUUUCAAGCUCAACAUGCAGACGAGAGGGUGCAAUGGGUCACAGCACUGGAGGAAACAAUUCUCAAGCAUUCACAACCUGCCAGGUUUGGUAGUAAGUCCCGCCCUAGACCCAAACCAACAGUCCAGGACUUUGACAGGAAGCUGGCUGAGUCCGACGCCUACCUUCAGAUUCUCAUCGACCAGGUCACCGCGUUCGAGGAGAGGAUUGAAAAAUUAGACGACGAAGCCGAGAGGCAGAAAUAUGAACAACUCAGGACCCAGGCCAAGGCUAUGAUUGAAUCUGUCAAGCAGGCCAUCGUGUUAUUACAACUAGCAAAGUCCACCAUUAUAUGGCCUGUGAAGGCUCCAAAAAACACAGUCAACCCAGUAAAUGGCCUCCUAGCCAAUGAGAUUGAUGCAACUCACCCUGAUAACCAGAACCAUGAGCCACUUGACAACCAAGUGCCUUUAGAAACACAAGUUUCCACCCAUGAGGUGGAAUCCACUCCUGUGUCAUCGAGCAGUGUUGAGUUGGCCACCGAGUGCUUUGAGGAGAACAAUGCCUCCGUACCGUCCACGCCCCCACUCCCCACUCAGGUGAUCCCCAGGACUGAGCACAUACCGGCUUUGUCCUACUCCAGCAGUGACGACGAGGAUUUCUAUGAUGCCGACGAGUUCCCAGACUUGGACCUAGGACCUCCGCAAGGAAGGCCACCAAUCGAAGUCGAAGACGAAGAAGAGGCAGAGCAAGGUCAAGAGUUUCGACCCCAUGAACACCAGCCCAGCAUGUAUGAGGAAGAAUCGGAAGAAGAAAUGCUGGACUGUGAGAGUCACGGUAGUGUCAUCUCCCACCUCCUGUCUCAGGUCCGGCUAGGCAUGGACCUGACCAAGGUGGUCCUACCCACCUUCAUCCUGGAGAGACGCUCCCUGCUGGAGAUGUACGCCGACUUCCUGGCCCACCCAGAACUCUUUGCAAACAUCUCAGACUUGGACAGCCCCAAGGAUCGCAUGGUGCAAGUCGUCAAGUGGUUCAUGACAGCGUUCCACGCUGGACGCAACAGCUCAGUUGCCAAGAAGCCCUACAACCCCAUCCUAGGGGAGACCAUGCGUUGCUGGUGGGACCUAGGACCAGAGAAUGGGAAGAUAGACGGCAGUGAGGAACAAGUGACAGAUGGGCCAGUUCCCUGGGCAACCAAAGAUCAAGUCACAUUUAUAGCUGAGCAGGUUUCCCACCAUCCUCCGAUUUCCGCUUUCUAUGCAGAGCACUACAACAAGCAGAUGUCUAUCAAUGCCCAUAUAUGGACUAAGUCCAAGUUUCUCGGUCUUUCAAUUGGUGUUGAGAAUGUCGGGCAAGCCUGCGUGUCAGACCUCAAGCACGAGGAGGAGUACAUCAUGACGUUCCCCAAUGGCUACGGUCGCUCCAUCCUGACGGUGCCCUGGUUUGAGAUGGGCGGCAAGUGCAUCAUCAGCUGUGCCAAGACGGGCUUCACUGGCACCAUCACCUUCCUGACCAAGCCCUUCUACGGCGGCAAACGCCACCGUGUCACGGGAGAGGUUGCGCAUGUGUCAGAUCGCAAGCCGUUCAUGACUAUUACAGGAGAAUGGAACGGUGUUUUGACUGCUAAGCACGCUAAUGGGGAAACGGAGGCGUUUGCAGACACCACCACUAUGAAAGUUAACAAGAAGAGGAUCAUGCCUGUGGAGAAGCAAGGAGAGUACGAAUCGAAGAGACUGUGGAAAGAUGUAACUCACUACCUCAAGACACACAAUAUCGACAAGGCGACGGCCAGCAAGCACUUCCUGGAGGAGAGACAACGCCGAGAAGCCAAGGAGAGGAAAGAGAAGGGGGAAAAAUGGCAGACAAAGUUCUUCCACGAGGAUGGGGAGAGCUGGAUAUUUGACAACCCUCUGGAGAAACGCAUCAAGGCAGCCCAGGAGGACGCUGGCCGUAAACAGCAACAGCAGCGCCCACAGCCGCAGAUUCCACUACCAGUACAGCAGCAGCAGCAGCAGCAGCAGCAACCACCACCGGCCCUGCCGUCAGCCAGUACUGACCUCACAAACUCUCACAUUCCGGGGGUCCAUGGAGAUGGUCCGGCUGGCAACAAGACGACAGCGGCCACCAGGACAGCCAAUCAGGAGCUCAUGGACUUCCUGAGCUGAUGCAGCAGGGGGGGAGGGGAUCGUCGUGGCAACUGUGUCUAUGCAGACUUUAGCUUGGCGCACUGUCUUGCGAUUUCUGUCUUCAACAGUGACCAGUAGCAUUUAACAAUGAGUAGAGAACAGAACUUGUUAUUCAAAACCAAAUCCAGAAUAAACUGCUAUUAAAUGCAAUGUGAACCACAGAAAACUGCACUGUAUUGCACUUGGAAAACUGUGCUUUAUAAGCAUGUUUCUUUCCUGUUAAAAAACAUUCACCGUUAAUAAGUCCUCUUCCCGACAGCUGUAUAUCGAUGCGUUACCCCGUUAUGUCUGUACAAAACCACCAAAUCAUUUGUUCCAUAAAGAGACGACUAUUACCUCACAUGCUAAAUUAUGGCAUCACAUGUAGUGAAGGGUCUUGGAAUUUGAGCCGAGUUUUAAAGUUAAGCUAAGAAAUUGAAGAGCAACUCUGCUUCCUCCCUGCAAAGAAAGAGGAAAAAUGGGCAGGUAAACUUAAGUUGUACAUACUGAAAUCAGUUAUCAGGAUGGAGUUGUAUUUAUUUCAAUCUUUUUAGACAGAGACCAACGAAGGAAACAGCACGGCUCUUCUAAAAGUCGUCUUUAUUAAAACAAUCUGAAAAGUGUCAAUUCAUAUUUGUAGCAACGUGACAAUAAAGCAUCUGGGGUCUGUUGUUGCACUGCGCUCAGUUGGACAGCCGUCUAGCAGAAUUUAAUCAGUACAAGGCAAAUUGAAUCAGUACCAAGUGAUACAGAUCCCGUACCAGCUUUUGUCGGUAACCCAGCAAUCUCAUGUUUUCUGCAGCUAUGAUACAAAGCCCACGUUCAUCAUUGUUACAUCGCUCUUCCAACAUGUAGUAUACAAACAUCGCUAAAGAUAUACAGAGUAGAAAUAUUAAACCAAAUUUAUACUGGAAACCGA